AUGGCUUCGUCUAGCGGUGGUGUGCCUCCGGGUUUCCGAUUCCACCCCACCGACGAGGAGCUUCUUCACUACUACUUGAAGAAGAAGGUGUCCUUCCAAAAGUUCGACAUGGAAGUUAUUAGAGAAGUGGACUUGAAUAAGAUGGAACCUUGGGAGUUGCAAGAGAGAUGUAGGAUCGGAUCGACCCCACAAAACGAGUGGUAUUUUUUCAGCCACAAGGACAGAAAGUACCCAACUGGGUCGAGGACCAACAGGGCCACCAAUGCAGGGUUUUGGAAGGCAACAGGGAGAGACAAGUGCAUCAGAAACAGCUACAAGAAGAUUGGUAUGAGGAAAACCCUUGUCUUCUACAGAGGCAGAGCUCCUCAUGGCCAAAAGACUGACUGGAUUAUGCAUGAGUAUCGCCUUGAAGAUGCUGACGAUACCCAAUCAAACUCCGGUGAAGAUGGAUGGGUGGUAUGCAGGGUAUUCAAGAAGAAGAAUCUGUUCAAAGUUGGAGGAGGAAACAACGAAGGAAACUCGGAUCAACAACUCAACAACAAUUCCAGCUCCAACCUAGCUCGAUCUUUCAUGCAGAGAGACAGCCAAUACUUGCUACGCCAACCUCACACCCACUCUACGCAGCCAACUUUCGAACUCAACAAGCCUGACCUAGCCCUUCACUAUCCUCCACUCCCAGCUCCUCCCCAUUACUCUCUCCUCCAUUCCCAAGCCCUUAUUCAAACCCAUAAGCCACUUGGCUAUGACUACACCACCCAGCUUCCUUCCGACUCCAACCUCAUGGUGAAGCAGCUCAUGACCAAUCCUCCCAGAGACUGCGAGAGUGGCAGCGAAAGCCUGCGGUACCAAGCAGCUUGCGAGCCAGGGCUCGAAGUGGGCACCUGUGAGACAACUCAACACAUGGUCAGUGGGCGAGAGGAGGGCAUCAAUGAAUGGAGCAUGCUGGAUCGGAUUGUCACUCCUCAUCUGGGAAAUGAAGGCUCAUCCAAAGGUGUGAGGUUUGAGGAUGGAAAUGCAACCACGUCCGUUAACCAAAUAAAUCAGCUUUCGUUGCGUGGAGAGAUGGAUUUUUGGGGCUAUGCUAAAUAGAGAAUUUAUUUAGGUGCUUUGUUAAUGGAUGAUGACAAAGUACUAAAACGAGUGGAUUAGAGCACACAAAAUGUUUGCUCUAACCAUUUAUUUCAUUGAUAUAUA